GGAAACCACAAUUCACUCACUUUGGACUGCUGAAUAGUAAACCCUAAUUCCCAAUUCUUCGACAUUUUACCUCGACGGAUAAACUACUUGGUUCGUCCGAUUGUAAGAUAGGAUUUCUUCUGUUCAUUCCAGUUGGAAACGUAAUCUCUGUUUUUGGUUAGUCGUUGUCUAUCAUUAUGUGAUCAUGUAAGUUCUUUUAAGUUAGGUUUUGCCAGAGGAAGCCAUUGAUGCAACCAAAAGCUUGAGGAUACAUCAAACUCGAACCAAAAAGGAAUCGUUUCCUUUUACACAUAAUCUGUCUCACUCUAGGGUUUCGUGGCAUGGGUGACACUAUUUCACAAGAGAGAAAUAAAAGGAGGGUUGUCACUUGUGCUAAAGAGGAUAUAAUCAGUAACUUGCCUGAACACUUAAUAGACUCAAUCUUAGAGCGGGUCCCACUUGAAGAGGCUGUAAGGACAAGCAUUUUAUCAAAAAAUUGGAGGCAUAGAUGGACCAAAAUGGGGGCACUGGCUUUUGAUGAGCAGUUCUUCAAAAAAUAUACAAAAAAUGGAGCUUUUGGUCGUAAUGGGUUUAUAAGGAUCAUAAACAAAGUCUUGAUCCUUCAUAAUGGUCCUAUCUCAAAAUUUCUUCUCCAUAUACCCAAUAUGAAUAUGUUUCUUGAUUGCUUCGAAGAAGUCGAUCAAUGGAUGCUACUCUUAUCAAGAAACGGAGUCAAGGAACUCAUUCUUACUAAUUCAAAUCAACGUUAUCAACUUCCUUCUUAUGUGUUUUCUUGUCUAGAAUUGACAAAGUUGAAAAUGAAACACUGUUUCUUUAAGCCACCACUUAAUUUUGAAGGAUUUCUCAAUCUUGAAGAUCUUAAUCUCCGAUGUAUUGACUUUGGGGCUAACUUGUGUGGAACUCAGAUCAACUUACCACAACUUAAGAAGUUGUCUCUGCAUAAGUGCACAAAUGUUUACAAUUUCGACAUUAAGGCUACAAAAUUGGAAAAAUUGACUGUCAUUGCUUGCCCUGAUGCUAUAUUGACCACAAUGUUAAGUAACAUGACCAAAAUUAAAUGUUUUUUCGUCGAUGCUCAGUUUCUCAAGAUUUUUACUGCAGAAAAUAUUCCAAAGUGGGUACCACAACCGAUUAAUAGCUUAACGAGGUUGUGGUUCCAAAAAUUUCAACUUGGUGACUUGCAUCAACUUAAUGGUGCUCUUUGUUUGCUUCGGAACUCACCAAAUCUAAAGACACUGGGGAUGCACUUGGAGAUGAAACAUGGAGGUAACGUAGGACCCGCUUCAAGUAUAUUGGAAUCUCCAAACUGCUUGGAUAUAUCGAAUCGAUUGCAAACUGUGAAGAUAGAUUGUUUACAAGGAUCAAAACCGGAACUGCUUUUUGUAAAACUUCUUCUUGCUCAUUCCUCUUCUCUACAGAAGUUUACCAUCACACCAAGUCGAGCUCUUGAUGUUAAAAAAAUACUUGACAUCUCAAAGGAUGUUAUGCGGUUCUCUCGAGCAUCACCAAAAGCAGAAAUGAUCUACUUGAAUCCAAAGCCAUAAUUUUGUAACAAUGUUUAACAUUGUAAAUUUGCUUUAAACAUUCUCUACCUUAUGGGCGUAUUUGUUGUACGCAGACUGAUAUUUUGAGUUUUGAAUGGAAGCUAAGUCUUACACUUUAAACCAA